AUGGCUAGGAUGGCAUCUCAACGAACGUCAAUUUUUACCGCCAGCCGGUUGCAAAUAUGCACAUACUUGCUUGGAGUUUGCCCCUUUUCAAUUGCAUUUCUAGUUUUUCUCAAUUCGUCCGUUUCCUUCGUGGUCACGGAACUUCUCGGCCUUGAUGCGGGAGAAGGCGAUGCUGUUGGGACUCUGGGAUUCGCAGAUGAAUUACUUGCCUUGAUUGCUUGUCCCCUCUGGGGAGUGCUCUCAGAUCGAGUUGGAGUCCGUAAUGUUUGCGUGACUGGUUAUGGAAUCAUCGCCAUCGCGUUGGUCGUAUUUGUUCAGGCGAAGAAUGUUUAUCCUCAGCUUCUCUUAGGUCGUUUACUCUUCAGUCUUGGAGGCGCAGCGGUAUCGACCAUGGUCACGGCCGUGCUUCCAGCUGUGGUCAGAUCGCCAUCACAGUCACAGCCCACCGCAUCGAGUCGUGUGGCUGAGAAAACGCCAUCCUCCAAGCUAGCUGGAUAUGUUGGAAUGUGUGCUGGAAGCGGUGCACUAGUCGCCCUCGUUGUCUUCCUACCUCUGCCAUCUCGACUUCAGCAGUGGGGAGUCUCACCACCACAAUCCAUUCAAUAUAGCUACUAUGUUGUUGCAAUCGUGUCUGUGUUGGUUGCUGUUCUCUGUUCUGUAGGGUUGAGGCAUCUUCCCGGGGAAGAAGGCAAAGCCUGGAGCUCUUUAUGGGCUCGGGGCCGACGGGAAAGGCCGGAGGACAUUUGUGCGAGUGACGACCGAAAUACUGAUUCUAGCAAGCGACACUUGCCGUACUUCCAGCAGCUUGGCGCUGCGCUGAUGCUAGGAUUCCAUAAUAGCGACAUUUUCCUUGGCUAUGUGGGCGGUUUCGUGGCUCGGGCAUCAUCUGUCGGAAUCUCGUUAUUCAUUCCCCUAGCGGUCAAUCACUAUUAUCGACAGUCUGGUUUAUGCCAGGGCAACAACGGGGAUGGAAUGGGCUCCGAUGCUGUCAAGCAAUCAUGCCGUAAAGCUUAUGUGCUGGCUUCAAUUCUGACCGGUGUUUCUCAGCUCAUCGCGUUGGUGGCGGCGCCGAUUUUUGGGUAUAUGUCAGAGCGGUCGCGACAAUAUCCGAUGCCCCUGCUAGGGGCAUGUGUGUCAGGGGUGGUCGGCUAUAUCACGUUUGCACUGCUUCCCAGUCCGGACUUCAGAGCGCCCCACGGUGGUCCCGGCGUCUUCGUUGUGAUGGCGCUAGUUGGGCUCAGUCAGAUUGGGGCCAUCGUCUGCAGCUUGUCUGUCCUCAGCACCGGAAUACUCCGUAUGAGUGCUCAAUGCCGGGUAGGAGAUGGAUAUGGUUCUUCUCCAUCCACUCUCUAUGGCGAGGAGACCAACGACGACCUGGUAUCGGCCGAUGAGACAGAAGGGGACCAAGAGGAGCAGGCUCUGUUGACUUCAGCUACGGAACAAAACCAGCAGCCCCUGGCGCACCUGAAAGGUUCCAUCGCUGGAGUUUAUUCCCUGUAUGGCGGCGCAGGCAUUUUGGUCCUGACCAAAGUCGGAGGAUUACUAUUCGAUGUCCUCUCGUCGGGGGCUCCGUUCUACAUCCUGGCAAGCUUCAAUGGAUUCUUGCUCUUGGCGGGAAUAGCCUGUGGGGUUGUUAAGCACUCGAAGACCUGCUAG